CCGCCACCCACACCACUCACCAUUCAUCAUUCACUUCAUACCUGCUCGCCCUCCAUGAUAGAUAGCAUCUUCCAUGACCAUCCGAGGCCAUCCAAACAGCAUGAAGGAUGCACAUGACCGCCAUUUGCCGAUGCAGCUUGGUCAACAGUAGGCAACGCCUGACUCAGGCUGCGAAACUGGGGAAGAACACCAGUCAUUCCAGUAUUAGGUAGCUAGCUUGAAGAUUGUUAGGUGGAAAGAAAUACCUGCUUUGUAGGGCCGUAGAUGUAUCGGUACCUUGAGCACCUACCAGCCUGCUGCCUUAUACAAUGUAUCCGCACCGCACAACACGAACAUGGGAUCAUCACUUUUAUUGACCGGCCGGCGGCAGCACCUCUGAUUACAGAUAGAUACGCUACGGAUACUGGGAGAACAACAUUGAAGUAUUCGGACAGCAUAGGAAUGGACAAGGCGAGACACCUCUCAGUCUGACCAUUGCGCCAUUCUUCUCUUUUUUCCCCUUCUUCCGUCCUACCUACCUAACCCCUCUAUCAUCUUCAUAUCCUGUCGUGCGUUUGUGUCUGUUUUGAUUGUACAUUAUACAAUACAAUACAAUACCUCACCAGUCCAGUCCACCUGCGCAUCCGCACCGUCUCUUUCUCCCUCUCCCCAUCUCUCUCUUGCCCUCCCCUUUGAUCACCUCCUUGGCAACUUUCCCAUUCCCUCUCAGCACGUUGCACGUCCCCGAUCCUGGACAACAAACCUUGGCCAGCGGACACCUGCCCGGGCCUCGACACCGACACCGACUCCUUCUCGACCUGGACCUCGACAUCGACCCAUACGGAUACAGACAAUACUUGGGCUCUCCGAGGAAUCCUCGAAUCUCACCUUGAGCCACACCACAUCUCAUCCACCACAACAGCACGACAGCACGGCAUCCUGUUUCGUGUUCCUCUCUUUUUCUUCUGGACCCGGUUUGCCGUUCCGACACAGCACCGACCCCGGGGGAAAAAAAGCAUCGUCGAAAAAGCCAGUCGCGUUCUAUUUGACUGACUGCUCCACGUCUUCAUCAUCUUCUUCCCUGUUUGCCGCCUCGUCCCGUCCGCACUAACAACCAACAACCCACAUCUCCGGCACCUUGCCAACCUCCUCCACCCAGCUUUCUCCAAGACUCCAUCGUCCCCAAAAAGCUGCGCGCUCCAUCGUCGCCCUAUCGUCGUCGCCCACCAUGGAUCCCUCCACAGGGCCGGGCACACCGUCCCAUCAGUCCAAGUCCCGCGACAGCUCGACCGCCGCAUCGCCCACUGAUACUCGUCACCAGGCCGCAAGGUUUGACUCUUACGUCGCUUCUCGCGACGAAGGCCUGUCCGAGAGUUUCCAGUCCUUCCAGUCCACCGACACGGUGCGGAGGCGCCCAGAGGGUGGCUACGGUUCUAUACAUACCCAAGGCUCCGGCUCGCAAUACCUGGGCGAAGCCUCAGCUCACGAUCGUUCACAUUCUCGCCCUGCCCAAACUGCCAGAUCGCCCAUGAUGGGUCCCGAACGCUCUAAGGCCUCGAGACCCCGAAAGCCACCGAUGCCCCGUCGACUUUCGACGAACCCAUCCGCACCACACCGCGGUGAGGUCUUUUCCGCCGACGAUGACAUCUACGAGGUUGAGGCAGACGCCACCGAGCGUCAUCAAGGCCAGCGCACCACCACCGCAUACAGUACCCGCCGCAGACCCCAGCUGGCAACCACUCUGUCGCGCGUGCAGUCCUCCCGCAGCGAGGAUGGCCAAGACGAAGGAGACGAGGACGAUGGCCCUAGAACCCCCCGAGCCGAGGAUACCGUACCAGACGAGUUGGAACGAGACCCUUCGGUACGCCCCGAUGACGACGACGACGAAGAUAUCGGUGCUGAGUCUGAUGGCGACGUGAGCGACGCAGAGAGCUUCACCCUCAAGGACCGUCAGCAAGCCAUCAACCAGACACAUCCGUUCGGUAUACGAUUGUGGAAGCCUGCGCUGUACAAGAAGGACCGCUCGGUGCAGAAGAAUGCCGAAGGCGACAUUCAUUCCUCUCCCGGUGGCAGGGUUCACAGCUGGCUUCUCUUCUUCAACCUCCUUUGGACCUUGUUGUUUGGCUGGUGGAUGGCAGCUUUCUCAGCCCUCGGCGCACUCGUGUGCUUCUUGUUCGCCGCGACCCCGAGCGGCAGGGAAUAUGGCAGGGUCCUCUGGGGACUGGCUGGCUACCUGUUCUACCCCUUCGGCAAGUAUGUUCGUCUGGAGCAGGACGAGGCCUACCUGGACGAGGACCAAGACGAGGGACGAAGCAUUUCCGAGUACGAACAGUGGCAGAGUGGUGACCUGGAGUACGGUCGGCUCUUCUUUGGCCCAGAGGGCUCUGAACGUAACCGAUCCAUCGUGGGCCGCUCGAGAAGGAGCAUCGACUCGGAACCGAGCGAGACGGACAGCCUUUUGGGUCGCUCUGGACGCGGCGAGCGAAGCCAGACUCCCCCGCAGACCAAGCGUCGGCUAUUCGGAAGGGGUCAGUGGAACAUUGGACGGGUCGUCUUCUUCCUGUUCUUCUACCUGCUGCUUUCGCCCUCGCUGAUCCUGGUCUCUCUGAUCUGCUGGUUCUUGGUCUUCUCGAUCCCCAUGGGCAAGGUCACCAUGCUGCUGUUUGACCAGCUGCGGCGUCACCCCUUGGCGCUCUCGUUCGAGUCCGACAUAGUGCUCGCCCGCACUGCUGACACGCCCCAUUCGUCCAUUUUGCUGUGCACCUACCGCGCGGUUGGCAUCAAGUAUUGGAAAUACACCAUUGACGGCACCAACGUGUUUCUGAUCAACCUCAUGGGUGUCGUCUUCUUCGUCAUCUUCGACUGGCUCAUCCUCGACAACGUCCUCCAUCUGCAUCUCUUCAUCACCUCGCCAGCCUUCCUCUUCAUUGCCGGCCUGUUCUCCAUCGUUCCGCUAGCCUACUUCAUCGGCCAAGCUGUCGCUUCCAUCUCGGCUCAAUCAUCCAUGGGGGUCGGCGCUGCCAUCAACGCGUUCUUCUCAACCAUUGUCGAAGUCUUCCUCUACUGUGUCGCCCUUAACCAAGGCAAGGGUCAGCUGGUCGAGGGAAGUAUCGUGGGAAGCAUCUUCGCGGGCAUACUCUUCCUACCCGGUCUUUCGAUGUGCUUUGGCGCCAUCAAGCGCAAGACGCAGCGGUUCAACGCCAGGUCCGCCGGCGUCACUUCGACGAUGCUGCUGUUUGCCGUCCUUGGGGCUUUCGGCCCUACUCUCUUCUAUCAAAUCUACGGCACCCACGAGCUUAACUGUCUGGACUGCGUCAACCACAGCGGCAUCGGCGGCGGCAUCGGUGGCGGCGUGUCUCCUGUCGGCGACGGCCGCGACUGCAAGCGAUGCUUCUUUUCCCAGACCCCGGCCCUGAACGAUCGCUUCUACCUCGAAGCCGUUCGCCCAUUCUGCUAUUUCUGCGCCACGUUGCUGUUCCUUUCUUACAUUGUGGGACUUUGGUUUACCCUGCGAACUCACGCCGCUGUCAUCUGGAACUCAGAGAUCGACGAGAAGAAACACGAGGAGGCGCACGCACACGCACACGCCCAUGCCAGACAGUCGGGCCCUCACUCAUUCGCCGAAACCACUGGGAUUUCGGUCGAUGUCCGCGACUCUCAUCUCUACAAGCGCAUUCUCGGCCAGUCGCUGAAGCAGGUGGGCCUUGCUACCAAGGGCGACGAUACUUCCCGUCAUGGCUCCGUCGCUGGGCUGGGACUGAGUACUGGCAACGGCAGCGUCAGCAUCCCGCAUGUCGUGCCCCCCAAGUCGAGCGGUAGUGACACCACACGCUCUGUCGUCCACAUCCCGGGAUUUUCAGAGGCAGAGAACAACGCUCUCGUCCGCGAGGUUGCAGAGAUGGCGGCCACCGCGGCCACCAUUGCAGCGCGGGAGCGGAUGCCUCGCAGGAUCUCGGCCCAGCCCGGCAGCUCAACCGGAGCCACUCCUCGCCCUCCAGCUCUGCGCACCGCGACAUUGGCCGAGAACGAGGACCUCGCGGCUGCCAGUACUGCCCAAGUGCCUCACGGUGGCCAUGACGCUCCGAAUUGGAGCCGUGGCAAGAGUGCCUUUAUCCUCAUGGGAGCCACCGUGCUCUACGCCAUCAUCGCUGAGAUUUUGGUCGACACCGUUGAUGUCGUUCUCGAGGGCUUCGCCAUCGACGAGAAGUUCCUGGGUAUCACUCUUUUCGCCCUGGUUCCCAACACGACUGAGUUCUUGAACGCCAUCUCGUUUGCGAUGAACGGCAAUAUCGCACUCUCCAUGGAGAUCGGUUCUGCUUACGCGCUGCAAGUCUGUUUGCUCCAGAUCCCAGCUCUGGUGCUGUACUCUGCAUUUUACGCCACCACCGAGGGCGUCGAGGAUGUGAGCGCGCACACGUUUGCGCUCCUGUUCCCUCAAUGGGACAUGGUGACGGUGAUAAUCUGUGUCUUCCUGCUCAGCUACAUGUACGGCGAAGGGAAGAGUAACUACUUCAAGGGCAGCAUUCUGUUGCUGAGUUACCUCGUAGUUGUUGUCGGCUACUACUUCUCUGGAUACACCGAGGACGCCAUGAGCGUCAGCCGCUUCGAUGUCAUGGGAGCCGACGGCCAAUACUCAUCUUUCAACACCAUUGGCCGCAGUAUGAAUGGCGCUGUUCUUCAAGGAUAGACACUUUACACAAGAGAGGGAUGGUGACGAUGAUGGCGGAUGGGGCCGCGCACGAUACCCGAAGAGCAAGCAGCGAAGAUUGAUAAAGCACGCAUUGGCAUGUUUUGAGUCAAUUGGGCUGGGAGAAGUGUUGAGUUGGCGAGUUUUGGCAGUUGUUCUUUUAGGUGCCCCGACACGGAGGACAUUGCAUCACACACAUUGUUUUUUUUUUUUUUUUUUUUUUUGGCAGGCGGCUACGAUGGGACGCUGACGGCGUUUACUGUGACGAGCAUAAAUUAUCUAGAUUACUUCUUGGUCUCAUUGCGGCUCAUUC